UUUCAUUUCCUCUGUCAUAGUUUCUAGUACGGCAGCAGAUGGAGGAGGGAGAGAGCAUGAGAAUGAUAGUUUCACUUCUCUUUUCCCCAUUUGGGCGGGGCCUGGGGUGAACGGCUUCACAGACUUCCUGCUCAGGGUCCAUAGGCACUUUGGGCACAGAUCAGGGACACUGGGGGGCUCAGUGGACAGAACCCCAGCCCAGGCAGGACCCAGGACAGCACGAUGUCCAGCCAGGGCAGCACGAUGGCCAGCCAUGGCAGCGAGUUCAGCACCAGGAUUCCCAGAAAAGACCAGAAUGCACAUGACAGGCUUGUCUCUGACACUGCAUUCGGUCUCUUCAAAAGACAUAAAGUGGAGAUCUCAGAUGCAAUAAAAAAGCCAUUUCCUUUCCUAGAGACCUUCCGAGACCGUAAAUACAUCUCCGAGAAAAUGUUUCAAGAUUGCCAAGAGUCUUGCAGAAACCUGGUCCCUGUGAGUAAAGUGGUGUACAAUGUUCUCAGUGACUUGGAAAAGACCUUUAGGCUGGAAUACCUGGAAGCGCUGUUCAGCGAGGUCCACAUGAAGGAAUACCCAGAACUAAGUCACAUUCGCAAAAGCUUCGAAAACGCGAUACAAGAGAGAAUUUAUGGUGGAGAAGACACAGGAGAGAGUUCUGAUGACCAGCUAAGCCUUGAACAAGGAACUGGCGAAAACUUUAGUCACAGCCUGACCUGGUCCCAAGAAGAGCGCUCAGCUUCCAAUGGUCCAACCUCACCUGUACAUGGACUCUUGGAGCACCUCUCUCACACAAAGCAGACAACUGCAAAGAGGAAAUGCACAGCCAGUGAUAAAAAUGAUGCACUAGGAAGGCAACAAGCCAACCAACACUGUGCCCCUGAGCCUGAGCCUGAGCCUGAGCCAGCAGUGGUGUUCAGACAAGUAGGGACCCAAGUGGAUCCAGGAGAUACAAAAAGGAAUGAGCCCAGCCUGUUGUCCUAUGAAGAAGAAACAGAACUACUCAGCCAUGGAUUUCAAGUCAAUUCCUGUUCUGUAACUCUGGUGGAUAUAAAGAAGGAGCCAUCUUGGAGCCCAAAUGUUGCCGGUAAAGCCCAAGCAAGGAUCAACAACAACCAGCUAUCUGAUGUAAUAGUGAUCAGCAGUGACUCUGAUGAUGAACACCAGUGCCCCAAAACCUCCAGCUCAAUACCAAAAAGCACAUCUGAGUCCACCAAUUUAAAAAAGCCAUCUCCAAGUUGGAAGAAAUGUCAGAAAAAAGUGAGAAUAAUGGACACUCCAGACUCUACAGAUUCCAGUGAGAAUGAGACAGCCUUGAGGCCAGGAAAGUUGGUCCUGAGAAGUGAUUCUGAGGAGGACGACUCUCUGUUUAUGAGUCCAUUUUGGGAGCAGAGGAGUUGUAUGAAGACAAAUGAAAAGGCAUUCAGCAGUGAUGAUUCUUGCAAAAUGACCUUAUGUGAAGACCUUCCACAAACCUCCAGCACAGGCCUGAGAAGAGGGUCAGGUGCAGAGUACCCUGGGUCUGGAAAUGAGACGUGUUCCUGUGUCAUGUGUUUUUCAAAAGGUGAACCAAGAGGCCAAGAAGAGAGAGCUGAAAGUAGUCAAGCAUCUGACUUGAUGGAUACCAAGGGUAAUGAAGGCUAUUCUGUUAGUAGAGGACGCUGUAAGAAAAAAAUGAGAAGGAAGGUACCCCAUAACAGAGAUCACUCACAGAAGAGAGACAAAUCCAGAGGGAAAAAGCCAGGUAAACGUGGUUCAGCAAAAAGAAAAAGAGGCCCAAGAAUUCCUAAAGAUAAAAAUAUGAAUUUUCAACAACCUGAGCUUCCUGUGACCUGUGGUAAGGUGAAAGGGACAUUGUACAAGGAGAAAAUGAAGCAAGGAACCCUGGCAAAGUGCAUCCUGAGUGAGAAUGGACAGUGGCUGACCCUCAGGGAGUUUGAAGUUAAAGGGGAAAGGGGAACGUGGAAGAACUGGAAGCUGAGCCUGCGCUGUGGUGGCUGGACCCUGAAAGCGCUGAUAGAGCAAAAGCAUCUACCAGAGCCACCAAGUAAAAGAAAAAAGAAGACAACACCAACAUCUCAGAAAAGUACCUCAAAUGACCCUUAUCCAAAAAACUCAAAUACAUGUAAGGUGUGCCGUGGAUGGGGGAAACUGUACUGCUGUGAUACUUGUUCAAACUCCUUUCAUGCAAGAUGCCACAUACGACGCAUAAACCCUAAAAGCAACCCCUGGAGUUGCCUUUUGUGCUUGUUGACAGAAGCUCAACAAAAGUUCCCAGACAAACAAUGUCACAAGGAAGCUGAGGUCCUGAAGAGACCAAUGAAGCAUGUGGACAAGUUGAAAUGUGAGGUCCUCCUCUUGAAGAUCUUCUGCUAUACCAAGAGCCGCCCCCUUUUUAUAGAAAAACCACAUUAUAUUUGGAACCACCGAAGGUUCAUGUGCCUAAACAAAGUCAAGAAGAAACUCUAUGGGAAUAAGUACUUCCAAGUAAAGAUGUUUGUGUGGGACAUGCGCCUCAUCACUAAGAACCACAAGACCCAUUACCAGGGCAGUAAAUUUGCCACUCUGGAUAGCCAACUGGAGACUGAAUUUGAGAAAAAUUUCAAAAGGAUUUUUGAUAUUGCUUAAUAAGAAGAGCCACAUUUUGAGCCA